GUUCGGUUCAUCGUGUGCGAGUUAGUGAAAAACUUUCGAGUAAAUAGCUGCCAUUUCAGGACGGAUUUAGCGUGUUUUUUCGCCGAAAAAGUGUACCAUUCGAUCGCCGGACGGUCGGACGCUAUGGAAUACGUGAACGGGAGUAGAUUCCUGCUGUGGAACGAGUCGAAAAAACGUUUUUCGAAACUUUUUUCCUUCCCUCAGAAGCAUCGACAGUAGAAGAAUCGAAGGGGGUGAGAAUUCCCCUCCACACCCGCCGCAACCCUAUACUCCUGAGUAAACGUGAUUGCAUCGACAGAGCGUGCGACGAGAGUCGAACUACUGUGCAAGCGAGACGGAAGAACCGAUUGAAAAAUAAAUGAAAAAGUACCAAUGUAUAUUUUACAAGUCGUAUAAGUAACAAAAUAGAAUCUAUUCAUAAUGUCUAAGUGGAACAAAGCUCACGGGUUGAUUGUUCCGAUAGAUUCCCUGUUGAAGGAGAAGGAAAACACCAACCGGCCGGCCCCACUGCGGUCGGCCGGACUCGUUGGACGUUGGGGUAUUACCAGCUUUACCUCAAUCAGAAAUACGACCUACGAGUUCGAAAGUACCAGCCCGAAAGAGUCAGAUGACCUCAACUGCUCGUCCAAUCUGGCGAGUUUGUCUACGCAGGUUCCCAACGCGGCCAAACCGAAGAAAUUUUUCAAAAGCCGUAACACCUUACCGCCGGUUUUACCGUCUGCGGUUACGCCCGAUCCUCACCGGCAGCAGGACCUGCUGUACCAUCAUACUUCGCAGCUACACGCGCGAAUAAAUCAGAAUUCCGGUGGCAGUCAACCUUACGCAGCUGCCCCCGCCGGAUUCUAUCAGCAGGCAGCGGGAGGAGGUACCUCGAAAACUUCAGGUCGGACAGAAAAAAAUACAGCAAAAAAAGAGAAGAAAAGGAAGAAACAAAAACAGGCAGCAAUUGCCGCUGACGGGCUGGAAGAAGCCACUACGAAAGAAACAAACGUUGAAGAUAGUAGUCCUGCGAAAAAAGAGAAGAAAGAAAAGAAAUCGAAAAAAGCUAAGAAAGAGGUUGAACUACCACCGGAACAGCCCAAGCGAAAUUCGUCUCGUAUACGGAACAAAGUGGUUAACUACAAUGAGGACGAUGACAGCUAUGAUAGCGCUGUUCCAUACCGUCAAGGGUUGCAGCCAACACCGCCCGUUUCGAUGGCGGAGCUGCCGGAACCGUCGGUUACUGAAUCUGUUACUACUGAAAAAUCACACACCGAUCACAAACAGGAUCCGAUUUCUUCUAAACAGAAAGCAAAACUUGUUGAGGCUGAGCAACAAUCGGCUGAAGUACCAGUACCGGUACCGGUGGUUCCACCGCCUGCAAAUGAAAGUUUACCGGAGAUUCGAACUAGAACCAAGGAACACAAGGUUUCGUUGUCGGUUUCUGUUCCGCUCUCGUCACCAACAGUCACCGAACAUCCGCCGAUUGUUCUGCGGAUAUCGAAGGGAACUUCCCGUCUAAUCAGCACCGACAGUGAGGAUGUUAAUUCACCGCCACACGGAGUUACCAGCGUCGUACCGCCUCAUCAACCGACAUCGGUAGCAUUGAACCGACCACCAACGACUCCUCCGGCGGUUACAGCUACCACCAUCACCACCGCACCGCCAAUCGCCACCGUUGUUAAUCCUCCACAACAAACUCCGCCACCACUACAACCACCACCACCACCAGCAGCAGCAGCAGCAGCACCACCAAAAUCAUUGGAAGAACCAACGGUGCCACCGCUGGUGCUAGCAACGACAACCGCGGUUCCAACCAUUGUAACACGAACUCCGGAAGUGGUACCACCACUCGCAGCAGCAGCAACAAGCUCUCCGCGGAAAGAGGAAGAACCCCGCAAAGAGGAUCUCAAAAUCAAAAUCUCCCUCAACAAAUCGACGCUGAUCAGCAACGGUGCCAGUGGCGGCAGUAGCAGCACCACUGGCAAGAGCAAGAAAGACAGCAAAAAGGAGCUACGACACUUCAAGAAGCGUGUGCUCGCGCGGGAGAAAAGUCGGGCCAGUAAGCGAUCGAAGCGUGGUGAAGAACAGCAAGCCAACAACGACGCGGACAGCGACGAUCGCCAGGAUCUGGAACUGCUCGGUGGAGUGGCGGAAGAACUGCGAGUGGAUCCGAUUGUGAUACCAGCUUCGAGGCCAUCCUUCCCGCUUCCGGGAACCGAUGCUUACGAACUGUACCGCACUCUAGCUUCACCUUCCGGAGGGGAUGAUUUUGAUUCACAAAGUUCCAUCCUCGGAAGUGCAUCGUCCAACAACACACCGAAACACGGUGGCCUGACGGCUGCCGACGAUUGCCGGAUCAUUCACAGCCGAGGAUCGAGUGACUGUGGUAGCGAUUUGGAACUGUCACAGAACAGCUCAACCGCCGCGGCGCCACCUUCGGAGAUUAAUUUCGAAAGUGAAAACACCCAGGACAAUCGAGACGAGGAAUUGAAGCUGCAACAACAAAAUCCGAAAAAGGAUAGCGAAGAAAAGAAGGCAACUCCGGUUCGGGAAGAACGGGUUGAAAAGUUGAAACUAAGCUUGAGAGGUCGGGCAACGAGAAGCACUCGUAGCGGGAUGAAAAGUAUUCAGGUUGAGGUGAUUUCCAAGCCGGAACCCGUUCCGGUACCGGCCGAGAUAUCAUCACCGGAACCGGCCAUCAAAAAGUUCGGCCGUGCCACCCGCAAUCGUAACAACAAUAACAACGUGGUUGUUGCCAAAGCACCGGAAAAGGAACCCACGGUGAAAGUUCCUUCGCCGAUACGGGAACCGUCACCUUCCCCGCCAAUACCGACGCUCAAGGUGGCCACCCGGCAGUACAGCCGACGGAAGAAAAACGUCGUUCCGCCAGAUUAUCAACCGAACAUGACCAUGACCAGCCCGGAUCGACCGAUGGAAUCGGCUUCCGGAGAAGCGGGACCACCUCCAUUUACGCUUACUUCCGAAAGCGAGUCGGCUCUGGCUUCCAUGCAAUCCAGUGUGGUCACCGACGCUCCCAGUGGUUUGGAUCUUACGACUACUACCGGUUCGAGUCGGUUAGAAUCGGGUCCCACCUCCACGGCCACGGCCACGGUUCAGGACGAGAACUCACCAGAACCGACCGAGUACAAAAUCAAAAAUAAGUUCAAAAAGUCCUACAUCCGCAGCGAAGAACUGGCCAAACAGAAGCAACAAUUGCUGCAGGACAUCCGGCCGCUGUCGGAAAAUCCUACCAACAACGCGGUCCCAUCGGCAGCUCCGACCAGCACCCUGACCGUUCCUCCGAUUACCAUUCCAAUUGGGUUGAUCAGCAGCCAGCCGCAGGACCCGCCGGAACAGAUGCAACCGGUCAAGCUAGUGAUCUCCAAAAAGAAAGGCAGUAUCUUCAAGAGCCGACCGUUGACGGGAACUGCCGAGGCAACCGACAAAAAGCGCCACGUUUACAAACACAAAUGGGAUGACGAUGACGACGGGGAUGGAAAGGACAAAAGUGUGACGGCCGAAGGUGAAAACGAGAACAAAACCGCUGCCUUCGAGGGUGAACCAUCGGGUCUGUCUCGAGUGACGAGGUUACGAAACUCCGGUGGUUCCGCCAUGGAUUUCGACGAUGACGACGACGAGUUGGACGAUUUCGAUACCAAACUGAAGUGUGACCGGAGUGCCAAACCGUACUACACGGUGGUGCGGAAUGUUAAGAAGGCCCACCAGAUCCAGGAGAUUGGCGAAUCGCAAGAGAUGGAUGACGAUGUGGAGUACAUUCUAUCGGCACUUCAACCGGACAAUCCAAAUGCUACCCGGUGUCUGUCGGCGGUGACACUAGCGACCAAAUGUAUGACACCUGCCUUCCGAAUGCAUGUGCGAGCCCACGGCAUUGUGACCCGGUUCUUCAAAGCCCUCCGGGAUGCUCAUCUGGACCAGAGUCUGGGGUUGUGCACCGCCACCAUUCUGUUCGUACUGUCGCAGGACACCCUCAACAUGGAUCUCGAUCGAGAUUCUUUGGAACUGAUGCUGAACCUGCUGGACACGGAUCAUCUGUCCAGUUCCGACGGAGGUCUCACGCGAGGUCAGUUGGAGAAGAACAAACAGAAAGUGCGUGAACUUUGCGAGGAAAUAAAAAACUCCGGUAAAGCAAAGCACAUGGAUCUGGACAAUCUGACCGUGGGUUCGCUUGCGAUGGAAACUUUGCUGUCGAUGACUUCCAAACGGGCGGGUGAUUGGUUCAAAGAUGAACUCCGAAAGCUCGGUGGAUUGGAUCAUCUCAUAAAAACGGUUUCCGACUGCUGUCGGGAAAUUUCCGAUUACGUUGUCGAAUGGACCGAUGAUCUGUUGUCCAAGCUACGGAAGAUUGAACGUUGUUUGCGAGUGCUGGAGAAUGUUACUCUGCUGAACGAACAAAACCAGAGCUACAUCCUGAACUACAACAACGGCAGUCUGGUGCACACUUUGGCCCGCCUGUUCAAACUAGUCGACAGUGAGGUAGUGCUGUACCCAACGGACGAACGGACGCCCAAAGACGACCGAGGCGUUAUACUGCGAGAGGUGAUUCCACCCAUCCUGAAGAUCUUCAUCAGUCUGACGCAUCCGUUCGAUGAAACUGCCUACGGAGCCAGUGUGAUCGGAGCCUUGCCGAAUGUGAUGGAAACCAGUCUGCAUCUGUUGCUGCGGGUCGGCGAAUAUGUCCCGCAGAAAUUCAUCUUCGAAAUGAACAUUCUGGUGCUGCUCUUCCUGAUCAACCUAACGAUGUACACCCAGGCCAAUCGGAAGUAUUUGAUGGUGUCACGAGCACCGGAUGACUACAACAGCACCAUCGAAGCGUCCCGAAAUCAGGCGCAGAUGGCUGUUCAUGCACUGGUCGAGUACUUCUACCGGCAGGAUGAACUAGCGAGGUACGCCGAGAAAAAUACCGACGCUAUUCUGGAUGCCAAAUCGAAGAAAAAUGAAGACAUCGAGGAGACUGUUACCAAAUUACUGCAGAAGGCGGGUCACCACAUGGAGCACACGCUAAUGGCCAGCUACGUGUGUUUGCUGAUCGGUUGGAUCGUCAAGGGCAGCGAGGAGAACGAAGUGGCCGUUCGUGCCUACCUGAAGGACAAUAACUUCGUACUGAUGGUCAACUCACUGGAAAAAUACUACAACUUCCUCAACCUGACGGCAAAUUCCGAUGCGCUAAGUCUGCAGCACGUGCGCCAAACCAAAAACAUCAUCGACAAUCUGAAACGGCUAGACUCGGCCGAACGAGUGGCCGCCACUUCCUCGAUGGCGACGGAAGGUCACUUGGCACAACAACCGAAGGCAUCAACCAGUUCGGCGAACCAACAGCCGGUUAACCGGUACGGAUCUCGCUCAUCGACCAGGGCGCACUACUGAUAGCUAAAUCGUGGCGGCAAAGAUCCACCGAUGUCGGCGUGUUGAAUGUUUCCCUAAUUUCGGUGUGGUCAACAUGCCGAAGAAGAGUAAAGAGAGAAGCUUAAUCAUUACUUUAAACACGGCUCCCCGUUGCGUGUUUUUUUCUGCUUGGGAAGUCUCUGUUUUAAUCUGUCCAUACCGCCGCCCAUACCAGGCAAUCACAAUUGUACACUCUACCAAUGUGUAAAAUCUAGAAUCGUCGUUCACCAAAAUCCGAACUGUGCGUCGUUUUACUUUCACUAGCAACUGUUAAUGUAUGUGUAAAUGCUGGCUUAAAUUGUAAAAACAACAAAAACAAAUAUCGCUUAUUAAAAUCGGACAAAUAUCUCCUCCUGUGAGGGAAAUUUCUCUGUAUCUAGACUGUUCUUUCCUAGGGCAUAAGUUACGGUAGGUCUUUCGAUUAGAAAGGAAAACAUGGAAAAUAUCGAAUCAGAAUUAAAUAUCUAUCUAUUGUAUUUUAAGUUGUGUUGUUUUCUGGUCGUACGAAUGGAAACUAUUUUGUUCUAUUUGUGGCAAGUUUUUUUCUUCAGUCUUUCUAUUAAGAAACCAUAAGCUAAAAACUAUUACUUAACCCGGAAGUGCGUUCUAAUUUAUGUGAAUGUACGCAUUCUUCUGUAUCUAUCUUCGUAUGUGCGCGUGUGUGUGUGUUUACUUCUAUUUUCUCGCUAGCAAACAAUUAAGUAGUUGGUACGAUGUCGGUUUAUUUUUUCGUCUUCAUUCGUGUAAGGAUAGUUGUAUGAUAGAAGAUAGCGAACCAAAUCUUUUACCGGUUCGAUAGGGGCGUCGAUCUAAGGUCCGGUCGGACACCACACAAAUGAAACGCCACAAAGAACCAGCAGCCAGGGUAUUGUAGCUUCUUUUUUUCCCCGCAUGAAAGAAUAAUAUAAUCAAAGAAAAAGAUGGAAGAAACAAAGCAAAACAAAUAGAUGGAGAUCUAAUGUUUAAACUAAGUGGGCUAAGUCUGUAAAUAGUAUUAUACGAUAUUGUUUAAAUUAUAAAGAUGCAUACAGAAAAAGAGCAAUGUUCUUGGAAGAAAAUAAACUUUUUAAUAAAAC